AGAAACAGACCAGUGUUCUUCACUGUGUCACAAUCCAUGACCGUGGUGGACCCACGCCCACUUGGCUCCACCGGAGCUCAGCCCCACCACGGCCAACACCACCACCACCCUUUCACGUUCCUCUAACUGGCUCUUUCUUCUCCUCAUCUCCCCUCUCUCUUUUAUAAUCCCUCCAACCUCUUUCCUGUUCCUUUACCUCUUCUCUCGUUCCCUCCGCUUGAUCCCUCUCUCUUCCCCUCAUCUCCUGUCUCAUCUCCCAUGGUUCCUCGAUUCUCGUCAUGGCUUCUCCGUCCAAUUUCCCCUUCUCCCUCCCAAGGUGGAUUGGACUCUGUCAAUUUCAGAAGUCCUGCAGUGAAGGCGGCAGCAGCGGCAACAACACCGACAGCAGCGAUGAAAACCCAAUUUCCAACUCAAUCGAAUGCUACGCUUGCACUCAGGUAGGCGUUCCGGUGUUCCACUCCACCAGCUGUGACGGCGCCCACCAGCCAGAAUGGGAGGCUUCCGCAGGGUCCUCCCUCGUCCCCAUCCAAGCACGAAAAAAGCCCCCAUCUUCAUCCUCGUCCCGGACCCCUUCCGGUCCGUUCGGAGGGGUGCUGGACCCGCGAAGCAAGCGCGUGCAGACAUGGAACCGCGCGUUGCUGCUGGCUCGCGGCAUGGCGCUAGCCAUCGACCCUUUGUUUUUCUACGCGUUGUCAAUAGGAAGAGGCGGGUCGCCGUGUUUAUACAUGGACGGCAGCCUGGCUGCCAUCGUCACGGUGCUCCGGACGGGCGUGGACGCGGUGCACCUGUUCCAUCUGUGGCUUCAGUUCAGGCUGGCGUACGUUUCCAGGGAAUCUCUCGUCGUUGGGUGUGGUAAACUCGUGUGGGACGCACGUGCCAUCGCUUCCCAUUACGUACGUUCCCUCAAAGGCUUCUGGUUCGAUGUUUUCGUCAUUCUUCCAGUCCCUCAGGCUGUAUUCUGGUUAGUCGUGCCAAGAUUGAUCAGGGAAGAACAGAUCAAGGUCAUAAUGACUGUAAUGUUACUUAUCUUCUUAUUCCAGUUCCUCCCAAAGGUAUAUCACAGCAUCUGCAUGAUGAGAAGAAUGCAAAAGGUCACAGGUUACAUCUUUGGUACCAUUUGGUGGGGUUUUGGCAUUAACCUCAUAGCUUACUUCAUUGCCUCUCAUGUGGCAGGAGGGUGCUGGUAUGUGCUCGCAAUACAGCGUGUGGCCUCGUGUCUCAGGCAACAGUGUGAGAGGAAUGCCCAGUGCAAUCUCUCUUUGUCCUGCUCAGAGGAGGUGUGUUACCAGUUUCUGUUACGGCCAGGAACCGUAGGAAAUCCUUGUGGCGGUAACUCAACAACAACAGUUAGAAAGCCACUGUGCUUGGAUGUUAAAGGACCAUUCAAUUAUGGGAUUUAUCAGUGGGCUCUUCCUGUUGUUUCCAGCAAUUCUGUUGCAGUUAAGAUCCUUUAUCCCAUUUUCUGGGGCUUAAUGACCCUCAGCACCUUUGGAAAUGAUCUUGAACCAACAAGUCACUGGUUGGAAGUGAUAUUCAGUAUAUGCAUUGUUCUCAGCGGAUUAUUGCUAUUCACAUUAUUGAUUGGGAACAUCCAGGUAUUCUUGCACGCAGUCAUGGCAAAGAAGAGGAAAAUGCAGCUGAGAUGCCGGGACAUGGAGUGGUGGAUGAAGCGCAGGCAGUUACCAUCUCGUCUUAGGCAGAGAGUUCGACAAUUUGACCGACAAAAAUGGGCAACAAUGGGAGGGGAAGACGAAAUGGAAUUAAUCAAAGACCUGCCUGAAGGACUUAGGAGGGACAUUAAGCGUUAUCUUUGCCUAGAACUCAUCAAAAAGGUCCCUCUGUUCCACAACUUGGAUGAUCUUAUCCUUGACAACAUCUGCGACCGGGUUAAGCCACUUGUCUUCUCCAAAGAUGAAAAGAUACUUAGAGAAGGAGAUCCUGUGCAAAGAAUGGUGUUUCUUGUUCGUGGACGGGUGAAGCGUAGCCAAAGCCUAAGCAAAGGCAUGGUAGCCACAAGUGUGCUUGAACCAGGAGGCUUUUUGGGUGAUGAGUUGCUCUCCUGGUGCCUCCGUCGGCCAUUCAUAGACCGCCUUCCAGCUUCAUCAGCAACAUUUGUCUGUACAGAAUCCAUAGAAGCAUUUGGUCUCGAUGCCAACCAUCUCCGGUAUAUCACCGAUCACUUCCGCUACAAAUUCGCCAACGAGAGGCUUAAGCGGACAGCAAGGUACUAUUCAUCCAAUUGGCGAACAUGGGCAGCAGUGAACAUACAACUUGCCUGGCGACGUUACAGAAUGAGGAUCAGGGGUCCAGAGACUCCUGUGACAGAGAACGGCAACAACAACAAUCGCCGGCUGAUGCAGUAUGCUGCCAUGUUCAUGUCAAUCAGGCCACAUGACCACCUUGAAUAAAGUCAAGUUUAGCAAUUGGUCUGGUCACUCUCUCCUGUCAUGUAAUAAGCUCUUCCAUUCCAUAGGAAGAGUAAUCUCCAUGGAUAUCGUUGAACUUUCAUCUGCUGUAUAAUCUGAGAACUCAAGCUUUAAUAAUUCCUGGGAAAUAGGAGAAAAAAUAAAAACUAAAAUUAAUU